AUGGCUCCCAAAAUUGCUAUCGUUUUUUACUCGAUGUACGGCCAUGUCAAACAGGUGGCAGAGGCUGAGAAAAGGGGCAUAGAAGCAGCAGGCGGCACGGCCGAUAUCUUCCAAAUCGCAGAGACUCUCCCCGAGGCCGUCUUGAGCAAGAUGUAUGCUCCUGCCAAGUCCAGCUACCCAAUUGCCGAGCCUGAGGAUCUCUUGGAGUAUGAUGGAAUUCUUUUUGGAAUUCCCACCCGUUUUGGAAACUUCCCUGCUCAGUGGAGGGCUUUCUGGGACAAAUCAGGUUCUAUCUGGGCAUCUGGUGGCUACUGGGGAAAAUAUGCCGGUCUCUUCAUCUCUACAAGUGGCCAAGGCGGUGGUCAGGAGUCAACUGCUAUCGCCUCAAUGAGUACCCUCGCGCACCAUGGCCUAAUCUACGUUCCACUGGGUUACAAGCACACCUUCUCGCAGUUGACCAACCUUGACGAGGUUCACGGUGGCAGCCCCUGGGGUGCUGGUACCUUUUCUGGAGGGGACGGUUCUCGCCAACCUAGCAAGCUUGAGUUGGAAAUUGCCGAAGCCCAGGGAAAAAUCUUUUACGAGACUGUCUCCAAAUCUACUUGA